UUUCAUGUUCACAUGCAAUCGCGGUCGGCACUCAGCUGAAUAAGUUCUGUAAAAUGGAACAAAAGACAACGGAAUCGGAUGAAGGAAAUGUAGAAGAAAAUGUCAAGAAGUUAUCAGACUCACAGCGUGCUCGGAUUGAAAGAAAUCGUCAGAGGGCUUUGAUGCUGAAACAAACAAGGUUGUCGACUAGACCAUACACAACAGAAAAGCCAGGUUCAUCAGGACAAAAAGUAAAAGCACCCACAAAGAUAGUAGAUACUGGUGCAGGAUUCUUCCUGGAAGAAGAAGAGGAGGAGGAAGAAAGAACUCGGGCUAAAGUCCAACAUGCAUUGGGCCCUGUGAUUGGAGUUGACCAUCUCCUCUGUGAGAGCUGUGAGAAGGAGUUCAUGGACUCGUAUCUACAUACACACUUUGAUGUGUCUAUCUGUGAUAAAUGCAAGUGAGUAUACUGGAAAAUGAAUGAUGACAACCCUCUCAUUACUAAAACAGAUGCUAAGAAUAAAUAUCUACUAAAAGAUGCUGAUUUUGAUCGAAGGGAACCUCCUUUAAAGUUCAUUGUUCGUAAAAACCAGCGUCAUAACACCUGGGGAGAUAUGAAGCUGUUUUAUGAACCUCAGGUAUACCAGCGAGCUAUUGAAGUCUGGGGCAGUGAAGAAAGUAUAGAGGAAGCUCACGAUAAACGGGCAGAAAACCGGGAAAAAUCAAAGCAGAAAAAGUUUGAUAAGAAAGUUAAAGAAUUAAGGCAUGCCGUUAGGAGUAGUCUUGUUAAGAAGGACAGAGGACCACACGUUCACGAGUAUGGAGACGAGGUUUACAACGAAGCUGAGGACGAGUACAGUAAGACUUGUCAGACUUGUGGACAUGUUUCUACAUACGAAAAAAUGUGAGCCUCAAAUUAGGUGUGACUCGUGAAAAUCGCAGGACUUAAUUGCCAUUUGUAACUUAAUGGAAUUGACCAUGUUGUGUAGGGUUUCUACAGUAUCUACAUUUCAUCUGUAGUGUAUGGAUGUAAGUUAAUGAUUUAAGAGGAAGUAAGUGCUAAUUUAUUACUGAAAAUAUGUGUGCAUGAAAUGUGUGUGACAGACUCGGCAAUGAAUUUAAGAGAGUGCAAAGAAUGUACACAGAAAUAAAUUAACAUGUACAAAAAAAGUACAUAUGUAUGUACAUUAGUGUGUAUAUAAAUGUUGUAUUUAUCAGGGUGUUUUUUUAGGGAUUGGAUGGAACAGAAAAAUCUUCAUGUUUUAUAUACAUAUGAAAUGCAAUAAAGCUUGGUUAGUUAAGCUCCUAGUGUACAUGUAUAUAUUGCAUACAGUGUUGUCAUUUUGAAAAAAAUUCUGUCUUUUUGUUCAAUUUUAAACAAUUUAUCGUAGAAAGAAUUUUCAGACAGUAUAUUCAUAGUUAAACUGAGAUAUAUAUUGCAUUGUUUUCACUUUUCGUAUAAUGUAUCUUAAAGAUCUCGGUCAAAAGAAUCAGUGUUUUUUAUCAUGAUUGGAGUCAUAUGAGGAAUAGAAUCUUGAAUUUUUGCUAUAUGAUUUUUGGUCAUAAAAUUCUGUAGCUCUUUGUAAGGGUAAUAAUAAUAGGAAUACUUCGUACAUAAAGAUUUUUUUUCUUAAACUUUAUGGUAAUUAUCUUUAUUUAUUAAGUUUACCACUACAUGUAUAUAAAAUAUAGAUAAAUGUACACAUGAUUGCUAUCUGCAGGCUUUUUCCCUCUGGUUAUCAACAAUGUGGAAUCAUUUAAAAAAUAGCUUGGAGACAUAUCUAAUACAUGUAUAUUGUACUUGUAUAUCUUUCAUGACAAAUUAAGACUGGGCCAGAAGAAACAGAAACUGCCUCAAGUCUAGAAUUGGGGGUCAGUGCUCCUUUGUGUUUCAAUGAAAUUCUAGAUGAAAAUUGACAAUUGAGAUAUUCUAUUAUCAAUUAUGAAUAAGACAUGCAAUUUACAUACCACUUAACAAUACACAUAAUUUAGAUAUCUGAAUACUCUGUAGUCAAUGUUCAAUCACCAUCUACACUGUAUUAUUGUAUUACAAGUUUAUACCAUUUCGUUGACAUGUACAUGUACAUGUAUCUACCUCAGACUUAUCUUAACUUCAGAUGAAAAGCACAAAAAAGAUAAAUUUGUGUAAGUGUAUAUGAUUUAAUAAAAUUUUGUCUAUUUUACAUUUUCAUGCUUUCAAAGUAGUACUUCUAUAGUAAAAAUGAGGAUGCUUCAAUUCAUUAGGCUGUAGAAGUACUCUCUCACUGAUUGAUUUCCUUACUUUCACGUUUCUUAAAAUGACUGACCUUGACUUCCUUUCAAGGUCACAGCUGUUAAACUUGUUAACACCUUUAAAUGACCUCUUCUCAAUAAACAAGAGGUUCAGAGUGAUGAUAUUUGGUUAAAAGCGUACUAGAGUGAAAAUGUUACCAAAGUUGUUCGAAAGAAUGACAUUAGCCUGCUUUCAAAGUCACAUGGGUUGAAUAACUUGAAAUUAUAAAUCAGCUUUGUCUUAAAAACAAUGAGGCCUAUAACCAUGGUAUUGGGCCAGUUUCAUGCUGGUAUAAGGGGCGACAUUUAAAAAAAAAACAAUGGCCUUGGUAAUUAAUGUCGAGGUCACAGGGGUCAAAUGUGUUAGAAUCGUAACAUGACUUAUCAACAACCGGAAGGCCCAGGGUCAUGAUAUUGGACUAGUACAUCUGUAGCAUGUUAGGAUAAAAAAUACAAUGUCUGUUAUCUGUUUGUUUAACUAGGUCAACAGUUAUAUGCAAAUUAAACCAUUGAAUAAAAUGUAACUAGGACUGAGUGAACGGGUGGUAUACAGUGGUUUGAUUAGUUCUAAUGUAUACGUGAAUGAAGUAAUUAAAUUUGUAUCAACAU